AUGUCGGGACAACUCGGAUUAAAAAGCAAAGACAGCGCUUCUCUGCGGUUAGCAACCUCAAAUCCUACUGUCAAUAGUAGUCUUCAACAAAAUGUCAUAGAUGCGCUUCAGGCUUCAACAGAUACUACUAAAGAAGUUACCGUGGCUGAGAAGGUCGAUAAAGAUAGUUCUGAGCACGUUGCGCCAAAAUCCGGCGAUAAAAUUGCCGACUCAGCUGAAGACGAGAGCACCAAACGACGAAAAUCGCUUAUAGCGCUCGCAACUAGUAAUCAUCACGUUGCCAAACACGUUAGUUGCAUACGCCCUACCGAAGAUAUCUUUGAUCCUGAAGAUCCAAAUAUCCGUGAGGAUAUAAUUCGAAUGGUUAUGCAAUAUCUGUCAGAUGGAGGUUAUAAUGCGUCAAAAACUACUUUGUAUGAUGAGGCAAAUUUGAAAUGGCAUGAACGUGAAGAGCAUGUCGUAGAAGUAAAGCGACUAAAAAAAGCUAUUCUUGAAGGUGAUUGGGCAGAAGUUGACAAACUCUGUGCAAAACCACUAAUCAAGAAUCAAAAGAGCUUUUUGUAUGCUGUUUAUAAACAACAGUAUCUUGAAUAUAUUGAAUAUCAAGAAAUGCAAAAGGCGUUUGCUUUUCUAAACAAAAGAAUGAAGCCUCUUGAACAUCUCCAGAUGAAUCCAAAUGAGUUUAAAGAUUUGUGUUAUUUACUUACAGCCAAAGCUGUUCGCGAUGCUCCGUCGUUCAAAAAUUGGGAAGGGAUUGGACCGGCAAGGCAAUUUUUUUAUUUAUCUAUAGAACUUUUAGAGAAGUUAGUAGAGCAAUUCCAAAAUCUGCUUAAUUUUGAAAAUGCGGAUAAGGAUGAAGGUACCGUACACGUACCACCGAGCCGGUUACUUACUCUCCUUCGACAAGCCGUCGCCUACCAAAUCGAAUUUUCACGUUAUCAUCCACGUGUUGCGCCUAGAAUAAACACAUUAUUACAGGAUUACACAAGUUUCAUAAUACCCAAUGCUAUUCGGGCGACUUUAGUUGGACAUCAAGGAAAUGUUAAAUGUGUUGGUUUUGUGGGCCAAGAAGGAAGAGAGAUUAUCAGUGGAUCAAGCGACAAUACACUCAGAAUAUGGGAUACUGAAAGUUCCAAAGAGAUUGGUGUUUUGGAGGGUCACGAAUCUCGAAUUUGGGAUGUAUCCUCCAAUAAGAAUGGAUCGGUCGUGUCUAGUGCCAGUGGUGAUGGCACAAUCAAGUUAUGGGAUAUGAAAGGAAGCAAACAUAUUUGUAUCACAUCAUUGUCAGGCCACACUAGCGAUGUUUACACGGUCAAAUUUCAUCCCGGAGACAACCAUGUUGUUUCCGGAGGCUAUGAUAAAAUUGUUAGAUUAUACGAUGUGAAUACCGGGCAGUUGGUAAAAAUGUUUAGUGGACAUCAAUUGUCAGUCUCGAAAACCAUUUUUAAUCCGCUGGGAAAUCUUAUAAUCAGCGGUUCAAAAGAUAAUACCAUUAAAUUUUGGGAUAUUGUCUCUGGACUUUGUAUUCGUACAAUAACAUCACAUUUGGGUGAGGUUACUUCGGUCGAGAUGAAUGCUAAUGGUACUUUGUUGCUAAGCAGUUCAAAAGAUAAUUCGAAUCGUUUAUGGGAUGUCAGGAUGGGACGUCCUAUUAGAAAACUAAAAGGCCAUCAAAACACUUCGAAAAAUUUCAUACGCGCAGGAUUUGCUAGUGAUUCCUUAAUUGUUGGAGGCUCUGAGGAUGGCAUAGUAUACAUUUGGGAUCAAGACACCGGUGAGGUUCUACAAAGAUUGCGAAAGCACACUGGUAUUGUGUACAGCGCUGUUUGGAAUGCCUCGCAGAGUUUACUUGUCAGCUGUAGUGAUGAUCAAACCUUGAAUACGUGGUGGUAUGAUGAAAAUUGCCCUCUUGAUUAA